AGGUUCACUCAAACGUGAACUUUCAGUGCUCUUAUUGUCAUGGUAUACAGAGUAUUGUAGAGUAUUAGUUACGCGAAUGAUUUUUGUCCCAUGCAUAACGUAAAAGACUCCAUUAGUCUGAGGGAGUGAAGCUGGGCCAUACAAAGGGACUUUCGGGGAAAUGGGUGGUCAGCGGCGAAGGAGGUAAACACAGUGAGUCAUAACGAAUAACAUUCGUUUUUAAAAGAGGGGAAAUCAGACUGGAGCCGAAAACGGGAAGCGGGACUCCCGGCCCUGAUGGCCCACGCAUUCAUUUAAGUCAGCACUCUCGUUACUUGCACCCAGGGGUAUAGAGAAAAGUUUUGCACCCCGCCUCCACGGCAAAGCGUCAUCUUGGGGGUGGAGGGCACUAUAGAAUUUGGGCGAUGGGCUAGGCACCCUUUAUCUACCAGGGCAUCCGUGCCCCUCCGGCGCCCCAGCUUCAACAAUUUAUUCCGAAAGGUGUAAUUUAAAUUUAUAUGCACUGUACGUCUGUAUCUGCUCAUUGUUGGUGUGAAUCUGAAAUACGCACAAGUAUAUUUUAAUAAGAGAACUAUAUAGAAAUAUAAAAUCAAUAAAAGAAAAAUAAAACUAUUUAUCCGAUACAAUCCGAUAUAGUUGCGUACAAGCUAUAGAGUAGAGCCUAUGUGAAAGAGGCUUGUGUGAAAUAACGUUAAACUAACAUAAAAGUAUUUUUUUUCCCAAAUUCAGACACUUUGGAUAUAGACGUAUUAUUCUACGCGAGGUAAUUAAUUGCUGCUUAUGUAAGGUGAUAUGAGGUAAGUUGUUGGGAUCCUACUGAGGGACUUUCCAGUUGUUCAGGCUUCCUGUGCUUCACGGGCUCCAUCCAAUCACGGCGGAGAGCUGCACACUUUCGUUUUUCCACGCCACUCUAUCAUCGAAGCCCGUUUGCUUCUUCGCUCCUGGACGGCGUCCGGUUCCUGCAGUGAAACCAGAAGCGCGUCUCGGCGCGUUUUUGCUCCUUGUUAGUGUGAAUCACCCGACAGAACCAUUGGAAUGAGCAUGACAGAGACCAAGCCGCUCCCCAUCAUCCCCGAGCAGGACCUGGGGGACGUGGUGCUCAGCCAGACCAGCGCAGGCGUGUGUCUCCGCGGAUGGCACCGGGGGACCUCUCGCUGGGUGUCCCUUAAACUCCUGUCUGUCACUGCAUGUCAGGAGAGGUGGUGGAUCAAGUUUCUGCAGGAUGUAUCCCUUGUCAGAUGUACCCAGUCAGAGCGGGUUCUGAUUCCUCUGGGUGUGUAUGGGACGUGCCCCCAUGUAGGCCUGGUGUCAGAGUGGAUGCAGGAAGGAUCCCUCCACACCCUUUUGUAUGAGACGCGGCUGUAUCCCAGUUUGCCGCCGCCCCUGACGCUCCGGAUCCUGCUGGACGUGGCUGAGGGACUUUCCCACUUGCACUCCCUUCAGCUGCUACAUCUCGCCCUCAGGCCAAGCAAUGUGCUGCUGGACCGGCAGCGCCGUGCCAAGGUGUGUGACUGGGGCCAGUGGAAGGAGCAGAGCUCUGGGCCCAGGAGCAGACCCUGCUUCAGGGACCUGGUCUACCUGCCACCUGAGGUCUUCUGUGGCGACCCUCCUUCAAAAGAAGCAGAUGUGUAUAGUUUUGGCAUCAUGAUGCUGGAGACUUUGAACCGAAGACUUCCUUGUGAAGCAGGUGUCUGGAGCCCAGCAGGCCUGCAGAUUCAUGUUACCCGUCAGGCACAAAGCGGCGCGACGCCCACAGACCAGGCUCUCUACCACCUGAUACUGCGCUGCUGCAGCACUGCCCCCCACAGCCGCCCGUCAGCUGCAGAAUGCACAGAGGAACUGAAAAAGGCCCUGGCAGCCUAUGAUUCUAAAGCGCUGACCACAGCAGUGCUCCAGUUAAAUGAAUGCAAGGAGAGGGCAGUGCUCGGCUGUAAAGAGCAACAAGCCUUCGAAAUGAAGGUGGAGAUCAGCAAUUUGGAUAUGUACGGUGGCUGUAGGCACCCAAAAAGCGCUUGUACCAAGACGCUGCUGCUGAAUCCUAUCCAAGGACUCACUCCAGUCCCACAGAUUCCCAAUAAACUUGACGCAUCCCGGCAAAGCUCCUCCCCUUCCUCCUCCUCAACUUCGUCCGGAAAGGCCAACGUUUCUGGGGGCAUGAAUGGCAGUCCGACCCCCCCAAAUCGGCUUCGGAGCCACACUGCGCCAGAGCCCCUCCCACAGAGCAGGGCAGACAAGACGGGUCCCAGAAGGAGCUCCUCCCCCUUUCCGCCAUCUGCCUGCUCUCCCAUCCCUGACCCCAACACAGCGCUAAGACAUCACUGUGAGGCUGGCGCGCCGGGAAACAACUGCUGCCAGAUCCUGCGGGAGAGACGCGAGGACAUCGUGCGGAGAAUGACAGAAGGCCGCCUGAAUCACCUGCUGGACGUGUUGCGCUCACGCCGCGCCCUUGGCCGCGAGGAGUACGAGCUGAUCACGGCGGCACUGACGCUGGGGGGCCGCACACGCUCAUUACUGGACACCUGUCUCUGCCUUGGGGAGCACGUGGCUGUUUUGGUGGUCUCCACCCUGGGGCUGGUCUCCACUGCAAACACCCCCAGCCCCUCCCACGUCACACACUGAAAGGGCACAGCGAGCCCCCGGAUUCCCAGCGACGCUGGUGUCCUUCUUGGCUUAGUUGGGGUUUAUGUCCCCAUUGCAGCAAUACUACAAGGUUUAUUGCUACUUAUUUAUAGACCAUUACUGCAUUUAUUUAUUAGACCAUACAUAUACAGAGUAGUUUUCAUAAAACUGCAAAUCAGAAUCAUUUUUUUUUAUUAUUUCACCGCAGGAAUGUAUAUUGUUAUUGCUUAGUGUGCAUAUCAUGUUAGGGUUAAAGGUUCAGAUUAUUAGAUUAGAUCUUUUUUUCUGGUUUUCAUGUAGUCUUAGGUCAUUGUGGUUUAGUGGCCAUUUGGGAGAGUACUUUGCAGUUUUCUUGAACCUGUUCCAGAACCCAAAAUACAGGCAAAGUACUUAGUGGGUUUAUCAUUAAUUUUGUUGAAUAUAUUGUUCAGUAAUUUCUUACUCGGUAUCUUGUAUCAAGACCAAUGUGACAUAACGUCCAUUGUAUUCCACCUGGUUUACCGUAGCUGAUGUUUAAUUAUUUACAUUGUAAUGCAUUAGGUUCUCUGGCAUAGCUUUAAAAUAUUAAGAUAUAUUAUUUAACCAAGUCAUCUGAUAUCAAUAAUACAAAGGAUAUAACAGAGGCUACUUGAUAAUAUAGAGGCUAUUCAUGCAUACCAUAUGCUACGGUAGUUUCGCACAUUAAAAACAAGUUUUGAACUGAAUAUAAACUGCUAUAAGCUGAUUAACAUUAGAGUUGUUUGAACAACAGGUAGUACAAAUUAUUGGUCGGACCCCUCAGUGACAAUUAGGCUGGAGCUACCACACAGUACUGCCAUCCAUUGGACAGUGGGAGGUGCCGUUUGCCAAGAAUCUUCACCGGCAAAAUGCGAAUAUCCAUAGGCAAAAAAAACGUCAUUUAAAUAUACAGCAAAAGUACCAGGGCCUGUUUCCCUCAUGCACCAUAGAAUCUAUGGAAAUUUUACCAUGUAAGAAUUGUAAGUUAAUUAUAACAAAUCUUGGGCCUCUUAGAAGAUGCUUGUCACAAAAUUGCAUUGCCCAUGACUGAUCUUGGGAAAGGUGCUAUAUAAAAAUAAAUUGAACAUUCUCAUGUACUGGUUGUUCACUGCCAAAGUAAGUGAGCAAGGAUUCACAUUACAGUAACCCUUAGCAGGGCGCUAUGCAUGAUUAUGACGUGUCAAUUGUGAAAUUUCCAGUUUGCAUUUAUUAUCCUACUUUUGUCAUGUUGAGUCCUGUUUUGUUUUGACUGCAAACGUAUAAAAUCUAAUUUAAUAAAGGCCCCUUCAUUACA